CAUUGUCGAUAAAUCUCAUUCAAGGAAACAAUACCUCUCGGAAAAAGUCUGAAAUAUUGAUAGAAAUCAUCGUAAGGCGGCGACUGAGAUUGGAAUUUGGAAUCGAUGGCUGAGCACACCGUCGAGCAUGAGAAGCACGAAUCUGAAUCUCUGAUCGAUAAGAUCACGGAGAAAUUGCACGAUGCUGAUUCGUCGUCAUCGGAUUCUGACGGCGAUAACGACAUCAAAUCGGCUGCAUCCACCGUCAAGUCCAAGAUCUAUCGCCUGUUCGGCCGCGAAAAGCCCCUUCACAAGGUUCUAGGCGGUGGAAAACCUGCUGAUAUUUUUUUAUGGAGGGACAAGAAAGUAUCUGCCGGCGUUCUUGGUGUUGCGACAGUGAUUUGGGUGCUUUUUGAACUGCUUGAAUACCAUUUGCUAACGCUAGUGUGCCAUAUCCUGAUUCUUGGUCUAGCAAUCGUUUUUCUGUGGUCUAAUGCAGCCUCUUUUAUCAAAAAAUCUCCACCUAGAAUCCCUGAAGUUGUUAUUCCUGAGGAUAUUGUAUGGGAUGUAGCUUCUGCAUUCCGGAGUGAAAUCAAUUUUUCUCUUGCCAUCCUCCGAGAUGUUGCAUCAGGGAAAGAUGUGAAGAGCUUCCUUGCAGUGAUUGCUGGACUAUGGGUUCUUUCUAUACUGGGAAGCUGCCUCAACUUCCUCACCUUGUUCUACGUCGGUUUCCUUUUGUUGCACUCAGUGCCUCUGCUUUAUGAAAAAUACGAGGAUCAGGUUGACGCUUUUGCAGAGAAAGCUGAGGCAGAGCUGAAGAAACAAUACGCUGUGUUCAGUUCCCAGGUCUUGAGUAAAAUUCUGAGAGGGCCGUUGAAGGAUAAGAAGUUCCUGUAAACCUUUUGGAGGUGUGUUGCUAUGUGAAAGUAAAUCUGUUGGGUCGCUGUGCUGCUUUGAUUGGUUUCACAACUUACUUGGUCUUAUAGAACCCAUGUUUUCACCAGUUUGUUUUUUUGUGGGUUCCUAAUGGAAAAACAUGUGCGUUACUAUAUUAGGCAUUUUCUAUUGUGUUGCC